ACCCUGCCAGAGCAACAUUGGUGUGCGGAGAUUCUUCGUCAACAGCGACUGGAGGUGGAGUAACCUAGUAGUGGCGAUUUGUUGGUUUUCUCUGUUUUUAACACAAGCCACUGAUUUGCACAGCUGACGGGAGAAACGGAUAUACUUAUUUUUCUCGGAUUAGGAAGCUGUGCAGGCUGCAGGCUGUGAGAGGAACAUGGCUACCCAAUCGGAUCUGAUGGAGCUGGACAUGGCCAUGGAGCCGGACCGUAAGGCUGCAGUCAGCCACUGGCAGCAGCAGUCCUACCUGGACUCUGGUAUCCACUCUGGGGCCACCACCACAGCGCCCUCCCUCAGCGGCAAGGGCAACCCAGAGGAGGAUGACGUGGACAACCAGGUCCUGUACGAGUGGGAGCAGGGCUUCAACCAGUCCUUCCCACAGGACCAAGUGGCAGACAUGGACGGGCAGUACGCCCUGACGCGGGCACAGAGGGUGCGGGCGGCCAUGUUCCCCGAGACGCUGGACGAGGGCAUGCAGAUCCCCUCCACGCAGUUCGACGGCACCCACCCCACCAACGUGCAGCGGCUGGCCGAGCCCUCGCAGAUGCUCAAGCACGCCGUGGUCAACCUCAUCAACUACCAGGACGACGCCGAGCUGGCCACACGCGCCAUUCCCGAGCUCACCAAGCUCCUAAACGACGAGGACCAGGUGGUGGUGAACAAGGCAGCGGUGAUGGUGCACCAGCUGUCUAAGAAGGAGGCGUCGCGUCACGCCAUCAUGCGCUCGCCGCAGAUGGUGUCGGCCAUCGUGCGCACCAUGCAGAACACGGGCGACGUGGAGACGGCCCGCUGCACCGCCGGCACGCUGCACAACCUCUCGCACCACAGAGAGGGCCUGCUGGCCAUCUUCAAAUCCGGCGGCAUCCCCGCCCUCGUCAAGAUGCUGGGCUCCCCCGUGGACUCGGUGCUGUUCUACGCCAUCACAACCCUACACAACCUGCUCCUGCACCAGGAGGGAACCAAGAUGGCGGCGCGCCUGGCCGGCGGCCUGCAGAAGAUGGUGGCGCUGCUCAACAAGACCAACGUCAAGUUCCUGGCCAUCACGACAGACUGCCUUCAGAUUCUGGCCUACGGCAACCAAGAAAGCAAACUCAUCAUUCUGGCCAGUGGAGGCCCACAGGCACUGGUCAACAUUAUGAGGACCUACACCUACGAGAAGCUCCUGUGGACUACCAGUAGAGUCCUUAAAGUGCUCUCUGUCUGCUCAAGCAACAAACCUGCCAUUGUUGAAGCUGGUGGCAUGCAGGCUCUGGGCCUGCACCUGACGGACCCCAGCCAGCGGUUGGUGCAGAACUGCCUGUGGACCCUCAGGAACUUGUCAGACGCCGCCACCAAACAGACGACCUUAGCUGAAGUAGAUGUGAUGCAGGAGGGCAUGGAGGGUCUGCUGGGCACGCUGGUGCAGCUGCUGGGCUCCGACGACAUCAACGUGGUGACGUGUGCGGCGGGCAUCCUGUCCAACCUCACCUGCAACAACUACAAGAACAAGAUGAUGGUGUGCCAGGUGGGCGGCAUCGAGGCGCUGGUGCGCACAGUGCUGCGCGCCGGCGACCGCGAGGACAUCACCGAGCCCGCCAUCUGCGCCCUGCGCCACCUCACCUCGCGCCACCAGGACGCCGAGAUGGCCCAGAAUGCCGUGCGGCUGCAUUACGGCCUGCCCGUAGUGGUCAAGCUGCUGCACCCCCCUUCACACUGGCCACUCAUUAAGGCCACCGUAGGACUGAUCCGUAACCUGGCACUGUGCCCUGCCAACCACGCUCCUCUGCGUGAGCAGGGUGCCAUCCCACGCCUGGUGCAGCUCUUGGUGAGGGCACAUCAGGACACCCAGAGACGUACCUCUAUGGGUGGCACACAACAACAGUUUGUGGAGGGAGUUCGCAUGGAGGAGAUUGUCGAGGGGUGCACAGGAGCCUUGCACAUCUUGGCCAGAGACAUUCACAACAGAAUUGUCAUCCGGGGACUCAACACCAUUCCACUCUUUGUCCAGCUGUUGUACUCUCCCAUUGAGAACAUCCAGCGUGUGGCGGCCGGCGUCUUGUGCGAGCUGGCCCAGGACAAAGAGGCCGCGGAGGCCAUCGAGGCCGAGGGAGCCACCGCCCCACUCACAGAGCUGCUGCACUCCAGGAACGAGGGUGUCGCCACGUAUGCGGCCGCUGUGCUGUUCCGCAUGUCGGAGGACAAGCCUCAGGACUACAAGAAGCGCCUGUCUGUGGAGCUCACAAGCUCCCUCUUCAGAACGGAGCCCAUGACUUGGAAUGAGACGGGAGAGUUGGGCCUGGACAUGGGCGCACAGGGAGAGCCUCUGGGCUACAGACAGGACGACCCCAGCUACCGCUCCUACCACUCGGGCACCUACCAGGACGGCAUGCCCAUGGACCCCAUGAUGGAGCACGACAUGGGAGGCCACCACCCUGGCCCCGACUACCCCGUGGAAGGCUUGCCCGACCUCAGCCACGCCCACGACUUGAUCGACGGCCUGCCGCCAGGCGACAGCAAUCAGCUGGCCUGGUUUGAUACCGACCUGUAAAUACCAAGUACUUUUUAGCUGUAUCGUCUGAUCUGAAUGAACCUGCAUUGUGAUUUGGCCUGUAGAGUUGCUGGGCGGUCUCAAGAGGAGGAGGGGGCUGGUAUCUCAGAAAGUGCCUGACACACUCAUUCAAGCUGAGUUUCCUAUGGGAACAAGUGGGGUGGGGGGGAAAUAAAACAAAAGAAACAAACAAAAACUUUUGUUCUGGUCCUCGUGGGUCGGAGAUUUUAACGGAAGAGGAGUCUGUGGGGUGGAUGUUUGACGAACGAAGGAAGCCCAAGAAGUGGAUCCUAAGAGAUGGAAUUUUCAACCCUAGCCUUGCCUGUAUUUUUUAUGACAUUUUAUUUUUUUUAAUGAUUUCUCUGUCUGUAAUGGUACUUAUGUAGCUUGCUUUAUGAUAUUGGUCUUCUGUUUCUUUGUUUCCUUUUUGUUUUGUUUUUGUUUAUUUUUUUGCAGUAAUUUGUAUUCCUUUAUCAAGUCUAUCAUAGUGUUAAGUUCUAGUGGUGAUGCUCCAUCAGUUAAAGACUUUAUCAAGUUUAUGGUGUAGGAAACACUAAUAAUCAUUUGAAUUGUACUCUGAACAAGUGUAAACAUUGUGUAGCUUUUGUAUAAAAAAGAAUUGGCAAAGGUCCAAAUCUGGAUUUUUCCCCCUUGCUUUAAAUGAUCUCACCAUUUCCAGUGUCACUGAAAUGUUCCAAAGGGUGUGCAAUGGGUGGGGUCACUAUUUUUUUUCUUUUUUUUUGAUGGUAGCUCUAGAAGGUUUUGAAAAGAACCCCUAAUUAUUGUAGCCUGCUGUGCUUAUUGGAGACAUGGAUAUCACAUGGCUAAACAAUAAAAUGGACUUAAAUUUC